AGUCACCUAACUCUGUUUGCCUUGGUUUCCUCAUCUGUAAAAUGAGCUGGAGAAGGAAAUGGCAAACUGCUCUAAUAUCCUUGCCCAGAAAAACAUAGAGUCACAUAAAAUAGAACAUGAAUGAAAAAAAAUGACAACAAACAUAGCAAAUUGCUUCAUUUUUCUGUACUCUAGUUGCUGCAAAUAUGUCUGGAAUCACACACUGAAGAGAAAAAGGGGGGUUAGAUUUCUAUGCCUAAAAAUCUUACGGUUCUUUACAAAGAUCAAAUCAUGUUCUCUGAUUGCUCUUGGGAAUUUUUUGCAGUUAAAAAUUUAGGUGAGGCACUGAAAUGAGCUAUGUCAACUUUUUCAUUGAUUUGAAAUAAAUUUUCUUUACUGAAAUUUCUAAUUUUUUUUCAUUUAAACAACUUUCUUUCUUUUUUUUUUUUUUAAAUCAAUCUAGGUUCUGCAGGAUAAGUCCCACCAGCAUGUUAGUUCCUGUUGCUUUUUUGGGCCUUGCUGUUCUCAUGGUUACUUCUGAGGGUACUUAUCCAUAUCCUCACCCAGUGAACCCUUACUCCCAGCCUAGGCUGUAUCAUGGUUGCUAUGGUGAUAUCAUAAGCAUGGACACUCCUGGAGCCUCCUGUAAUAUAGACAGAUUGAUCCACUGUGGGAUCCGUGGCUCAGAAAUGUUUGCUGAAAUGGAUUUGGUGCUUAUGAAGAAAUAUCAAAAUAUAAUCAAAAAUGUUGGACAGAAACAAUGUGUGGAUCCUGCUUUGAUUGCUGGAAUUAUCUCCAGAGAAACCCAUGCUGGAUCUGUGCUCCAAGAUGGAUGGGACCAUCAGGGUCUUAAAUUUGGUCUAAUGCAGCUUGAUAAACAUACUUAUCAUCCCACUGGAGCCUGGGACAGUGAAGAACACCUUACACAGGCUGUGAAGAUCCUAACUGAUAAAAUUAAGGCAAUCCAGAGAAAAUUCCCAACCUGGACCAUGACUCAACACCUGAAAGGUGGUCUCUCUGCCUACAAAUCAGGGAUUGAUGCCAUUGUAACCCCUAAUGAUGUAGAAAAUGACUACACCAACGAUAUUCUUGCCCGAUGUAAAUUUUAUAAGAGACAUGGCUUCUAAGUUUGAGGAGGUUGACCAAACAGGUCACCAUUUACCAAGAGAGGAUAAGUCAGAACAUGUUAUUCAAUACAUACACCCACCAAUUGUCUGAAUAAAUUAUUU